GUAAAUGAUCCACCAGGUAUUGUUGUCAUCAACUCAGCCUGUGCUGUUCAAGUCAUAUUAUUUUUCAUCUUGCGUGUUCUCUGGAACUUCUCAUCUGAACUUCGUACUCCUGCAUUUUUCUGUGCAGUGUCACUGAUUGGAAGGCUUUUUUACUUACAGUUAUUAACUGUGGUGUCUGCAGAUAACUGGGAGACUUUCCCCAGUUGGUUAGCCCCUAUACAACUUCCUCAUUGUGCUCUCAUGACAGGCAAAUAUUUAACCAAAUGUUUGCUUUAUGAGUGGCCAGUUCUGUUGGAAUUACAAACAACCUUGGAAUUACCUUUGCAAUCUCAGAUCAUCAGAAUGUUUAAGAAAUGAACAUGAAACAAAGAAGACAGAGACACCAUAUCGUUUCCUGGGGUUGCCUAUAGAAUUACAUACAUCUAACUGACACAGCUCUUCUCAGCUUGGCCAUGAUGCCCUCUCUGGAGGCAUGUCAGCCCCAAAAUGAAACUUGUAAUGAAACCUGUACAAGUCUAACAGACCUGGAGCCUUUUUUGCAUUAUUCACUUCUUCCCUCAGUUGCCAUAAUUGUGGUGCUGUCUUGUCUUGAAAAAAGAGCCAGGAAGAAUAUAAUUGAUGAAAAGUGCCAUCUCCUCAACAGGAGGUGUGGGGUUGUUAUACCCUUGGAUUUAAUGGGAGCAUCCAGCAGUCGGUGGGCAAUAGGUUUUGCCUUUGGAGCUACAGCUAACAAAGUCAUGAUUAUAUUUGCAGAUGGUUAUUUCCCUCUGCGAGUGCUGCCACGGUGGGUUAAAGCCAUUGCUAUUCUGAUCGGUGCUACAGAAGUGGGUCUUUCCUCCUACCCUUUCUUUGCUUGCCUUUCAACACAUGUCCAGAUCACGGGGGCCACACUUGGAUUCCUUUACACAGGAGCUUGGUUUGUAGUUAUAGCUGUGCACAUUGGACAGUGCCCACAUGGACAGAUUUUGGGGGAUUAUGAGAAGAUCAUUUUCUAUUGGCCUUCCUUGGUCUGCCAGCUUUUCCUGCUAGGGAAAUUCAUCCAUGUGUUGAUAAAAGAGUCAUGGGCCCACCUCCAGACAGGCCUUCCAACUGACAACACCACUUUACUGGAGACCCAUCAGGCUCAAUAUGUCCAGAAAUUGUUGAGGAAACCUCCACUGCAGAAGCCUCAGAAAUCUUGGAUCCAACAGAACAUUUAUGAAUGGGAUCCUCACUUUCAGUUUCCCAGCCGAAUGAUCAGCACAGCGAUGCUUGCCAUCAUUUGCCUUUACAUGUUCGUUGUGAUUGAAUAUUAUGUUUACAAGCUUGUAUCACAUGCCCUGGUAAUUAUGAUGUCAAAUUCUGAGAUGCUUCCAGCUUCCAGCAACAUGUCAGAUGUCCAGCCCUUGAGGGAAUUCAUUGAAGUCAUGAAAGGGGUUUGGAUCUUCACUGUUGGCUCUGCCUGUCUCACAAGUGCCAGCUAUGUGUGCCAUAUCCUAGCCUGCUACAGAAAACACAUCAAGAGGUUACGGGCAGGACAGAAACAAUUCCUCCCAGUGUUAUUUAGCAAGGUUUCAUCUUCUCAAAGUGUGGGAGCAAUUGCAAGAUAUUCCGGUUGGCAGAUUGCCUAUCUACUCUGGGGUUAUUUGAUCAUCCACAUUGUGCAGUGCCUCUUUGGGGUGAUGUUCAUUUAUGGUUUGGUACUGCCCAUAAAGAACGGUCAGGGGAUAGAAAUGGCUAAAAGUUUGGGAACUGGGAUCUUCACCAUUGCCAUUGUCAUAGGGUUCAUCAUGUUGCAGAUUAAGACAGCCAGCAGAUUUUUUCUUCAGCCAAAGAUUUUGCCAGAUGACAAGGAAAAGCCUUUGGCUCUUGAUAACAGGCAAGUGCCCAUAACUAGAUCCGAACUCUUUAUUUUCAGGAAGGAUACUUACCUCAUUUCUGAAACUGAAAUAAAUUUGAAGUAAAUGAGUAUGUCAUAGCACUAAAAUAUCAUUUAAAAUAAAAUAAUUUAGGUAUAAACUAAAUUCACAUUUCACUUGGAGCCACUCCCAAGUUACAUACCAGCAC